UGUUCUGCGGUGCUCAUAUUUAGCGCGCAGCCCCGCGCCGCGCCGGACCACUGACGGGAUCCCGCUCGUCACCGACGCCGCCCGGUCCGGUCCUGCCCGUCCUCCCGCAGCCCCGCUCCGCCAUGGCCGAGCCCAACAACCCCGAGUACGCCUCCUUCUUCGCCGUCAUGGGCGCCUCGGCCGCUAUGGUCUUCAGCGCCUUGGGAGCAGCCUAUGGUACAGCCAAGAGUGGCACAGGCAUCGCGGCAAUGUCGGUCAUGCGGCCCGAGCUGAUAAUGAAGUCCAUCAUUCCCGUGGUCAUGGCGGGUAUCAUCGCCAUCUACGGCUUAGUCGUGGCAGUCCUCAUCGCCAACUCUCUCACAUCUAACAUCACUCUCUUCAAGAGCUUUCUUCAGCUGGGCGCUGGGUUGAGCGUGGGUCUGAGCGGCCUGGCGGCCGGCUUCGCCAUCGGCAUCGUGGGCGACGCCGGGGUCCGGGGGACGGCGCAGCAGCCCCGGCUGUUCGUCGGAAUGAUCCUCAUCCUGAUCUUCGCCGAAGUGCUGGGUCUCUACGGCCUCAUCGUGGCCCUGAUCCUCUCCACAAAGUAACCUGCAACCCUCCCCGCCGGACCAGAGGGCAUCCCCCGACCCCCACCAGAAUCACACUUGCCCCACCCCCAUCCGAACGCCCCCCCUUGCGGCCCCCCCCCCCCCCGGAAUGGAAAUGGCCUCCACGAUGUGUAGAGUUGUGGCAGUGUGGUAGCUAAUCUCUCGUAAAUGUGCAGUGUACAAUAGUGACUCGUCCUCCUCUGUGUAGCCCGAUGCAAACCCAGGUGGGGUGGGGGAGGGUCCCUCCUCCCCCACCCCUCCAUCCCAACACCCCGUCCCGCCCCUUCUUGGCCUGCUUGGGGCUAGGGCAGGGAGCCCGAGCCGUCAUGCAUCCUUCACCCCCAAUUCUGCCGAUCGAGUACUCUAUGUAUAAAGAUAAAUUAGAAGUGUCACUUUUUUCUCUUCACUGGAUGUUUAUUUAUAAAGAUUUGCCAUGUUCAUAUACCUAUGGAGCCCAGAUCGUCCCCCUCCCGUGCUCUGUAUUACCCGUCUCUAGAGGUAGAUGACUACUCCGCUGUGGGGUGACAGAUGUGUACAGUGCCGAGAAGUCCGUGGAUGUAAUAAUUUGAAACUCCAGAUGGCUGUCGUGUCUUGGUGUUGGAGUAAGAAAAGUGUGUGUGUGUGUGUGUGUGUGUGUGAGUAUGCGCGUACACAUGUGUGCAUGUGUCUGCGCAUGGACAUGUCUGUGGGGGUGUUGGCUGGCAAAGGUACGGGCACUCAUGUGUGUAUUUCCAGGAGUGCAGUGCGUCAGCCCGCUCCGUGAACACGUUUGCAAAUAAAGGUCUCCACUAAAUUACCGGA